AUGCUCAAGCGCCUCGCCUUAAAGCCCGUGGUCGCCAAAAACGGCGUCGAGGCGGUCGAAGCAGUCGAGAAGACCAAGUUCGAUAUUAUCCUCUCCGAUAUAUGCAUGCCGCUCAUGGACGGGUUGACUGCCACUUGUCUCAUCCGCGAGUACGAGCGCACGGGCGUGUUUCCGCGCGAAGCCAUUCAGAAAGCGCGCGCCUCUGGCGCCCCCGCGGGGAACGAGAAGGAGGGCGCGGCGAACUGGAGCCCUGGGGACGGCGCGGCGGCGGAAGGCGGAAGCGAAGGCGGGGAUUUCCGCCCGCGCACGCCGAUUAUCGCGGUGACCGCGAACGCGCUAGCCGCGGACCAGGAGCGGUGCGCGGCCGCGGGAAUGGAUGGGUUUCUUGCGAAGCCUGUUAAUUUCCCGAAGCUUAAAGAGCAGCUAGUUAAGUACGGCGUGCUGGCUCCGGAAGGAGCGGCGGCACCGGCUGCGCCGGCGGCGGCUCCCGCCGCAGCCGCGCAAAGGGCAGGCGGAGCUGGCGCGGGGAGAGGCGGGGGGAGGCCGCCGAUAGUGGAUUCGGACGAGGAGGAGGGGAGUGAAGAUGAGGAGGAGGGGGAGGAGGAGGAGGAGGGGAGCGAAGGCGAGGAAGGGGAGGAGAGUGAGGAAGAGACGGGGAGCAAGCGGGUGAAAGCUGGUGCCGGUGCAGCUAACAGAAGCCCGGUAAAAGGCUCACGGCGCGACGAGGAAGACGACGAGGGGGAGGAGGAGGAGGGAGACGAGGAGGAUGAGGGGGAGGAGGAGAUAGCGGAUAAUGCGGAGAGGAAGCUUAAGGAAUCUAAGUCUCGAGGCGAUUCCCCUGCUGCACCGCCGACAGCAGCAGCAGCAGCAGCAGCGGCUUCUGAGGGGAAUGGAGUGAUGGCGAAUGGGGUAGCCAAUGCAGCUGAGCGAGGGGCCGAUGGUGGGGCGAAGGAGGCUGGAAAGAAGGAGCAGGAGAAGGAGGAGCAGAGGAGGCGGAGGGAGAGGCAGAAGAGCAUGGAAGAGGGGUUGCUAGGUGCCCAGGCUGCUCUGGCUGCUCAGCAGCAGCAGCAGCAGCAGGACCCAAGGAGCGGCCUGUUGACUAAAGGCGUCUUGAAAGGUAAUGGUCGUGGGGAGGAGCGAGCAGAUUUGGAUUCACAGGUGCCGUAUGUGCAGCAGUGGGUGGAGCAGGUAGGUGCUCUUGGUCCGUUGGGUCAAUACGGCCUCUCUGGUGCUGUCACUGCUGCUGGGGAAGGGAAAGGGGACGGGAAAGGCGAAGGGGAAGGGGCAGCGCGGCGGGUUUCGCCCCUGGGGAGAAGGGCGGAUGGGGCGUGUGCUUCUGGUGUGAGAGCGGGGACGGGGGUGGGGGGGGAGCUGGUGUGGAGAGAGGGAGGGGGAGUCAUGGGCCUGGUAGAGGUUGGGAGUGCUGCAGGACUGGGAGGUGGGAAGGAGAAACGCCUGUCGCGGCGACACAGGAGGCUGUCUGGAGAGUUCUCUUUGGAAGGAGUGGGGGAGAGAGUGAGGGGGGGGGACCGGGUGCACCACUCGGGUCCUCUUCCUGUUGUGUCCAACUCGCUAACGGCUCAGCUGCAAGCCCUGCAGGCGCAGCAGGAGCAGCUGCAGAUGCAGCUGCAGCAGCUGGAGCAGCAGCAGCAGCAGCGCGAGCAGCAGCACCAGCAGCGGCAGCAGCUGCUGCAGCAGACUCUGGAGCAGCACCAGCAGGGGAAAUCACCACCACGACAGCAGCAGCAGCAACAGCAGCAGCUCAACGCGUUCGGCUCUCCGUCUUCGCUCCCACAAGCAGUGACCAACGAAGGGUUGCACCAGGACGGCAUGUUGCCAAGCAUGCAGCUGCAGCACCAGCUGCUCUUGCAGCAGCAGCAGCAGCAGGAAGAGCAGCAGCAGCAGUACCAGGAGCAGCAGCAAUUGAUGGCACGAGCAACACAUGCCGCUGCUGCCGGCACCAACGGGAGCUACGACAGCUGUGGCAUGGGCUUAGGCAUGGGCAUGAAGGAAGGAGGGCAAGUCAGGAAAGUCUCGCCAGUGCCACAUAGGCUGAGAGAAUCAGCCAUGGCUGCUGGUAUUGGUGGUGGUGGUGGUGGUGGUGCAGAUGAAUUGAUGGAUCCUGGAUUUGACCAAGAGGGGGGUCCGUCUGUCUAUGGAGCCAUUUUGUGGCCUCACGGCCCGUCUUACCAGACCGGCCUGGGAGCCAGUGGGCUUAGCAGCCAUGGGAUGAAUGCUGCUGGCAUGGGCCGGAACGGGGAAGCUGCUGCGUCAGCAGCAGUAGCAGCAGCAGCAGGAGGCAAUUCGUCUCUGAUGUAUGGUCCUGGGAGCAAGUCUAUGAGCUCCCUUGGGCGCCGACAGUCCAGCAAUCUGUCUGCGACUGCUGCUGCAGCGGCAGCGGCGGCUGCGGCUGUGCCUAUAGGAGUGCGGGAGGCCCUGUGGGAUGAGAGCAAUGGUGGUGGCGGGUCUCGGUCUAACAGCCCGUCUGCUGCUCUGCGCCUGCUGCAGCAGCAGCAGCAGAUGGCGGGGAUGAUGGGACAUGGUGGUAUGGAGGGAAUGGGAAUGGGAAUGGGGAUGGGGAUGGGGAUGGGGAUGGUGGGAGGGAGAGGGGAGAAGUGGGCUAGGGAGGAGGCGCUAGUAGCAGCAAGACUGGAGCUGCAGCAGCGCGUGCAGAGGAAGAGCAGGGCUAAUGCUCCACUUUCUGCCAGAGUUCGCUCGUCGCAUCCCCUUCCGCCCGUCGCCCUCCCUUCCGCCCGUCGCCCUCCCUUCCGCCCGUCGCCCUCCCUUCCGCCCGUCGCCCUCCCUUCCGCCCGUCGCCCUCCCUUCCGCCCGUCGCCCUCCCUUCGUCUCGUCGCCCUCCCUUCCUCUCAUUGUCCUCCCGACCGCCCGCCGCCCUACCUUCCCCUCGUCACGCUCCCUUCCGCCCAUUGCCCCCCUUUGUCUCGUCGCGCUCCCUGCUGCUCGUCGCCCUCCCUCCCGCCCGUCCCCUCGCAAUCCCCGUAUCUCUCUCCCCUCGUCGCCCUGGCAUCCCCGUCACUGUCGCCAUCCCUCCCUUCUCCCUUCCCAACUCCCACACUUGUCACGCCCCCUUUCCAACCCGCACACACCCUUCCUUUCCCUUUCCCUGCUUUCCCAUGUUCCUUUCCCUGCUUCCCCCCAUCCCCUUCCCUGCUACCCCCCAUCCCCUUCCCUACUUCCCCAUGUCCCUUUCCCUGCUUCCCCCCAUCCCCUACCCUUUUUCUCCCCAUCCCUUUCCCUGCUUCCCCCCAUCCCAUUCCCUGCUUUCCCCCAUCCCCCUUCCCUGCUUCCCCCCAUCCCAUUCCCUGCUUCCCCCCGUCCCCUUCCCUGCUUUCCCAUGUCCCCUUCCCUGCUUCCCCCCAUCCCCUUCCCUACUUCCCCCCAUCCCCUUCCCUGCUUCCCACCAUCCCCUUCCCUGCUUCCCCCCAUCCCCUUCCCUACUUCCCCAUGUCCCCUUCCCUGCUUCCCCCCAUCCCCUUCCCUGCUACCCCCCAUCCCCUUCCCUACUUCCCCGUAUCCCUUUCCCUGCUUCCCCCCAUCCCCUACCCUUUUUCUCCCCAUCCCUUUCCCUGCUUCCCCCCAUCCCAUUCCCUGAUUUCCCCCAUCCCCUUCCCUGCUUCCCCCCAUCCCAUUCCCUUCUUCCCCCCGUCCCCUUCCCUGCUUUCCCAUGUCCCCUUCCCUGCUUCCCCCCAUCCCCAUCCCUGCUUCCCCCCAUCCCAUUCCCUGCUUCCCCCCGUCCCCUUCCCUGCUUUCCCAUGUCCCUUUCCCUGCUUCCCCCCAUCCCCUUCCCUACUUCCCCCCAUCCCCUUCCCUGCUUCCCACCAUCCCCUUCCCUGCUUCCCCCCAUCCCCUUCCCUACUUCCCCAUGUCCCCUUCCCUUCUCAAGCCUUCCCUUCCCCAUCAACUCCUUUUCAUGCCCUCCCCUUCCCCCUUACUCCUCACCUUCUGCCCUCUACUUCCCAUGCAUGUGCACCCAUCUCUAUUUCCCCAUUCAUGCUUUCAUCAUGUGCGCUUGCUUGUAUUCCCCUGCCAUUGUUCCGUUACACCUCACACCACCUCCCCCAUGUUUCUUCACGCAAUUCUUUCUUUCUUUCUCCCCUCUCUCAGUGGUGA